AACACCGCGGAAGCUGAGGAAGAAGACGGAGGCCUCAGAGCAGCAUCAACAAGAGUCACAUAGAAAAGCUUUAGUGAGGCUGAGACGUGGGGGUUUUUUUCACAGAGAAAACAGACAUUUAACUUUUUAUUUUUUUUGCUUGAAUCUAGGGCUAUAAAUAAGCGCGAAGUUUAGCACAAUGAAGAAAGUGAUAGUGGCGCCGGUGCUUCUCAGUUUUCUGCUCUCAGAAGUGUUUUCGGUUCAGGUGACAGUGCCUCAGACGCAGUACAGCACAGGCCUCUUUGUCUCUGUCACACUGCGCUGUGACUAUUCCACUUCAGCUAACCUUCAGAGUGUACUGGUCACCUGGCUCUACAAGUCUUUCUGUAAAGACCCUGUGCUGGACUACUACUCCACAGCCUACCAGUCAGCUCUGCAGCUAGGUCAGGACCCAUCCAACGACUGCCCAGAUUCCCAGCGCACCAUCCGGACCGUGGCUCAGAAAUCCGGUGGCAACGAGCCCUCACUGGGUCCAGAAUACAGCGGGCGCCGAAUCACCAUCCAGAACAAGGCAGACCUGGUGAUCACAGACGUGAUGUGGUGGGACAAUGGUGUCUACGUGUGCUCUGUUGAUGCUGCUGGAGAUACAAGUGGAUAUCCGAACAAAGAUGUCAAGCUCAUUGUUUACAAUUGGCUGACUGUACUCUUCAUAAUCAUUGGGGCCCUCCUCCUUAUCAUGCUCUUUUGUAUUUGCUGCUGCCAGUGUUGCCCUCAGAAAUGUUGCUGUUAUGUCCGCUGCCCAUGCUGCCCAGAAACCUGCUGCUGCCCUGAGAAAAUGGUGAUGCAGCACAGGAUGAUGAAGGAGGCCCAGAAGGCAAUGAGUUCCUGGGCUGGUGGACAGCCAAUCUACGCACCUCUGAGCUCUCAAAACUCGACUUACCAAAUGAACCCCAUGUUGUAUGCAGGUUCAGCAUCCGGAAAGAUCCCCAUGAGCCCCAUUCCUCCCAUGCCCCUCCCACCUCCUGUUCAUCCUGGUCUAGUAGCCAGCCCUAUGCCUGGCCACAUGCUUGGCCACAUGCCUGGCCACAUGCCUGUUGCUAUGCCUGGACCUAUGCCACCACCCAGCAUGAACGGAAGGGACAGUGCCAACAAAGUGCUGGAUUACCUGGAGAACCAGGUGAGGGACAUGGAUGUCACCAGCCCCAUGAUCCCACCUCCGCCUGUGCACAUGGUCCAAAAUGUGCCCUUUUCUGCUGGCCCACCUAGCAUGCUUUCUGGGUUGGAAGAUGGCCCUUCCUCCCGCCGGCACCACCCGGCACACUCCAGUGGCUCAUCCAACUACAAUCGCCACCGCCAACCACCUCCAUCUAGACGUGGCAUGACACGCAGUUACAGUCAGGAGGACGUGCUGGAUACCCGGAGUCAAAUGUCUUAUCGGCCGCGCUCACGAUCCAGAGAGGACCUGCUGGAGAGCAGUCGAGGAUAUUGGGACUCUGCCAGUGAAGACAAUAGCAGGAGAGGAGGUGGCUCUAGAGGUGGAGCCCGGGGUGGACCCAGAGGCGGAGCCCGGUUUGACCACCCACCCACCUACAGCGAGUAUGAGCCAGGCCAGAAACCAACAAGGCGGCCCGAACGCUACUCUGAUAAGAGCUCAGUGGGUGGUACGAGUAUAGUAAUCUGAAGCCUGUCUGCCUUCCACCAUUAUGGAGACUAUCCUGAAAGGAAGUGCCAAGGACAGGACUCCAUAGUGAAUACUAUUUGAAGGUUUUUAUAUUUUUGAAGAAAUGUUAGAUUGGGCAUGACCAACACUGACCUAGUUCUAAAACUUCUUAGGAAUUUUAGUAUGUAAAAGAUGUUAAGAGUUUUUGUUUUGUUUUCUUUUAAUGAGUUGAGCCAGUUUUAUGUAAUUAAAAGCAUCUGAGCCCUUUUGCCAAUUUUAUCUCAUGUGGACCUUGCUGUAUUUCAAGGCAACGUAAAAGUCAGUGGCCUGAAGCCCAACUUUAGAGAUUUUAUGAACACAUUUUUUUAAGAACAUGAAGCAGUUGCUCAUUUUCUCGACCAUGAUGUAAUGCUUCUUCACCAGGUGUACUGUAUAUUAUGGAAUGUUAAAAUUUAUAUAUAUAAAAGGGCACAUCGUUUUUUUUUAACAUCAAUGUAUGAAUCUUUUGUGUGUAUAUAUGUAUAUUAAAUGUAUUUAUACUUGAAAGCAAUUUCUUUUAAAAUGCCUCAAAAGCACAACGUACGUGAAUAAAUUACGUUUGAGAGCCACUUAGCUUCAACAAACACAGUUAGAUUAUAGAAAUGUUUUUCUUUGGUUAACCUACUGAAGUGAAAUGAAGGUGUAGUGAACCUGUUUGGUAAAUGCUUGGGUAUCUGUUCUUUACCUGUGUUUUUUUAAAGCGUUGUGUUCUUUACGUGUGUGAACGUUUUUGUUUUAUUUUUUAAUUCUUAAUGAAAUCAUAGUUUGUACAUAAUAGAGAUGAUUUAUCUGAGAUAAGCCGAACAAAGAAUGUUAAAAAUGAAGAAAAAAAAGUUUGAAGUUAAAAUUCUCAACAGAAGAAUGACUUAACAUGGAUGUGGUGGAAGGAUGCAUUUGUGAUUUACUUUGUCAUAUAAUAAAACAAACAUGUAUAAAAGAAAUAAAUAAUUGCCAUUAAA